GCCAGGAACCAGGGCCAAAUGGUCUCAGGGGAGGAGAGGACCUGUCUGGGUGGGGCCCAGCAGGGGCAGGCGAGCCCAGGAGAGCCUGGGGCUGUGAGGCCCUGCCCCUGAGGCAGACGCUGCCUUCCUGCCCUUCCUGCAGGCAGACCCGCUGAGCUCUCUGAAGGGUUCAUGCGUUCACGUCGCCUACCUGCACCCUCUUUUCUGCCAGCACCCUCUCCCCAGGCUCAGCAGCCCUUCCCUCCCCUCAUAUAUGCCCGGCUCGAGCCCUGUGUACGUGCCCCCACACUGAGGUACCUGUGCAGUACAGUCAUUGGAAACCGUCAGAAGAGGGCAGGGAUGAGUGGAGUCUUCAAGGCACGUCAGGGUGGAGGACAGAUGGCAGCGGGGGCCGGCAGCUGGGUGUGCUCUUCUUUCACUUUUUGUUGUUGUUGUUUGUUUUUUGCUGUUCCGGAGAUUGAACCCAGGGCUCCUGCGUGCUAGACCAGUACUCUGCCACCAAGCUACAUCCCCAGUGCUUGCUUUGCUUUAAUCAAACUGGCCUUUAAGUCAUUAGGAAUGGAAAAACUCAUCAAUUAAAAAAACACUGAAUUUAGAAUUUGACCACACACCAAAUACAAAUGUUUUUGAGAUGGGAUAAUGAGCUAAAGGUACAGAAAUCCCAUGUCAGUUUUUAAAAGCCAUCUUUUUCUAUCAGGGCAUUAGGUCAUGCCACUCCAAAAGGCACAAGAGUGCCAGGCCCAUUAGUGCAAAAGCAGCAACCAAACAGAAGUAAAAGACGCAGUUCUUAAGAAACAGGGACUCCGAGUGACCGACAGAUGUCCACGGGGCCAGUGGCAGGGGACACCAACUAGGAGCACCGUGCAUGACUCUGAGGAGUGGAGUUUGGGAGCAUACAGGCUGCCUAUGUGCCCUGCAGACCUGGAGAGCGUGGGCCAUGCAGCUCUGCACACAAUACGCUGGGCCAGGUCUGCCCACGUCUGAUCUGCAGUUCUCACUGCACGUCUUCCCAAGCCUUGUGUGCAGGAAGCCAUGUCUAGGGCUGUGAGAGGCAGUGGAGCCCUGCGGUCAGGAUGCCUGAGGCUGUCAGGUCUGCCAUCCCCAACCCCACGAGGAGACCAGAAUGAGGGCAUGGUAAUGGUGGGCCCAGCCCUGGCACAUGCAGCACCAGGGUGCCUCUCAAAGAUGCUUUUAGUCGAAGAGUGGGUUCAGAGUGCAAGCCCACAAGGUGACGAGGGGACACUGCUGAGCUGAAGCUGCUACCUGAGUUGACCGGAGCUGCUUCACUCUGGAUGUCGUGAAUGAGCAGUCACACGCUUGGGGCACGAGACGCUCGGGCUUUACCUUCAGAUUGUGCCCCUGUGGCCUCCAGAUGAUGCUGCACUUCAAAGUCAAGUCACAGAGCCAAGCAGGGCUAGGAAGAGGCCCAGCACCUGCUCCAGCGCGAGGCAGGUGACACCGUCUGGGCCCCAUCCAUCCUUCCUCACAGCACCCUCAGCACCUUAAGCCAUCACCCCCAGCCACAUUUUGGGAGAAAGAUGGAGUCCAAGGUCUCUGAAGGUGGCCUGAAUGUGACCCUAACAAUCCGCCUGCUGAUGCAUGGAAAGGAAGUUGGAAGCAUCAUUGGGAAGAAGGGGGAAACGGUGAAGAAGAUGCGUGAGGAGAGUGGCGCCAGGAUCAACAUCUCAGAGGGAAACUGCCCAGAGAGGAUCGUGACCAUCACAGGCCCAACGGACGCCAUCUUCAAGGCCUUUGCCAUGAUUGCCUACAAGUUUGAGGAGGACAUCAUCAACUCCAUGAGCAACAGCCCUGCCACCAGCAAGCCCCCGGUGACGCUGAGGCUGGUGGUCCCAGCCAGCCAGUGCGGGUCCCUGAUUGGCAAAGGCGGCUCCAAGAUCAAGGAGAUCAGGGAGUCCACAGGUGCCCAAGUCCAAGUGGCCGGGGACAUGCUGCCCAAUUCCACAGAGCGGGCAGUGACCAUCUCGGGGACACCAGAUGCCAUUAUACAGUGCGUCAAGCAGAUCUGUGUGGUCAUGCUGGAGUCCCCACCGAAAGGUGCCACCAUUCCCUACCGCCCAAAGCCCGCCUCCACCCCUGUCAUUUUUGCAGGUGGUCAGGUAAGAGCCGACCCGCUCGCGGCCUCCACUGCCAACCUCAGCCUUUUACUGCAGCACCCGCCGCUGCCCGCCUACACGAUCCAGGGACAGUACGCCAUCCCCCACCCGGAUCAGCUGACCAAGCUCCACCAGUUGGCCAUGCAGCAAACCCCCUUUCCUCCCCUCGGACAGACCAACCCCGCUUUCCCCGGAGAAAAGCUGCCUUUACACUCCUCCGAAGAAGCUCAAAAUCUGAUGGGCCAGUCGUCAGGUCUGGACGCCAGUCCCCCGGCCAGCACUCACGAGCUCACCAUUCCCAAUGAUCUAAUAGGCUGCAUAAUUGGACGCCAAGGGACCAAAAUCAACGAGAUUCGGCAGAUGUCUGGAGCUCAGAUCAAAAUUGCCAAUGCCACUGAAGGGUCGUCGGAGCGUCAGAUCACCAUCACGGGGACCCCGGCCAACAUCAGCCUUGCCCAGUAUCUCAUCAAUGCCAGGCUGACGUCCGAGGUCACCGGGAUGGGCGCGCUGUAAUCCUACCCAGGAUCCUCCAUCUGCACCUGACCGCUUGAGCCCAGGUCCUCGCCGGCUGGCGCACUCUGUGCAACCCGCCCGCCCUUCCUGCAGAUACAAGUAGUUUUCGUACAUUCAGACGGUACACGCAGUAGACACCAACCCCAAGCUGCCGCGCUCCAGCUCUGCCGACCCGCUCUCCCGUGGUAGCUGGCCCUGUCUCCAUGCAUUGGCAUGCAGUGCUGAUUAUUUUAAUGCUUCGGGGAAUUCCCAUCUGUGACGUUUUAGAGAAUCGUUCCUCAGUGUCCAUGUGACUGUCUAAGAUUUGGUUUGACACUUUGGUACACUUCCUGUGACCAGCUCUCCCCUGUGCUCAAAGUCCCUGCUUUCUCUCCUGUUGUGCUGACUCAGUUUCCCCUCAGAGCCCGUUCUGUCUUGGCUCACAUUCCCACCCAAGGCUGUGUGCUGGAAUCGGGGGUGCCUUUCCUGCAGCCUGUGGGGGCGCCCUGGGAGAGGAGGGGCUUGGAGGAUGUCCAAGGAACUGGGCAGGUGGCAGAGGGUACGGGGCCCAGCUUCACUGGGAUGUCUCACAGGGGAGGCACUUGUGGGCCUCAGGCGUCUUCCAGGGUGACUGGAGAGCACAGCCCCUCCAGAAAGACCUCUGCACUGUUGGAGUUUAAUAAAUGUUGUGU